UCCUCUUGGCAUUUUACCUGCAUCAAGGAGGUGAACGGCAUCUACCAUGAACGCAACUUUGCUCUUCGCUUUCUUCGCUGUAUUCUUGGCAGCCUCGUACGUCGUCGGAACACCCGGCUUUGGUAGUGGUGGUUCCAGCUACUAUGGCGGUGGUGGCGCUGGCUUCGGAAUGGGCAUGGACGAUGAUAUGGGUGGAAUGGGUUCCGGAAUGAUGGGUGGCGGCGCUUUUGAUGGGAUGAUGGGUGGCGGAAUGGGCAUGGGUGGCGGAAUGGGCAUGGGUGGCGGAAUGGGCAUGGGUGGCGGAAUGGGUAUGGGCGGGGGAUUCGGGGGCAUGGGUUUCGGUUGGAAGCACAAAUGCCCGUGUAGAAAGCGUUGCUAUCCCUGGGAGAGGUACGCGGGCAAGUGCUGGUGGUGCCAUAAACAUUGGUGCAGGAUGCGAUGCUGCCCUAAAUGGUAACAACGAUCAGAACAAGCACCCAGGACGGAACUGAACGGCAAUGGAAAUCAAUAAUGAAUUGUAUCACUUUCAGUAAAAAAACAAAUAAAUAAAUAUUCAUUUAA